GGUAUAAUGUUCAGUGCAAAACAAUGAAAUUGUUUAAAUUGUGGGCCUUUUAAAAACCAUUUUCCGUUUUUUUCUCAUAGUGUGAGAAUGAGAAUCAAACAACGUGAAAAUAGAUCCAAAGCGAAACGCAUGUGCACGAUUUUCCCCCUCGACUCUCGCGAGCUACAUAAAAGCGUGAGGUUCAAUUUAUUUUUAUAUUCGCACAUAACCCACGCACAGACGUAGAAGAAAACUAUCAAAUUGUGAAAGUGCAAGUGAAUUGUGUAACAUAUUGAAGGUUCUGCAAUAGGAGAGAAGUUUACGGACGUCACUAGGGCACAAUGGGCAAAUCCGAUAUUAUAAUCACGACAACCAAAAUCGAAAUGUCGGAGACGGACAGGCCGAAGCUGUUCACCAUAGGUCCAUGCCAGAAGGAUCCAGACGAGUACGGCUCGGGCGGCUUAAAACUGUCGUCCGAUGUCGAAAUGUACACAAAUCAAGCCGCUGGGCAUAUGACAAACGGAAAAACAAUCGGGCUGCUCAAACAAAACGGUACCGUCCUAAAGCCGAUUUUGAAGACCAAAUGCAGCGAAAAGGAGUUCUAUGAGGAAAUAAAUAAAAGCAAUGACGAUUGCUCAGUGCAAUUAAAGCAGUUCGUUCCUCAAUACUGUGGUACAAAGACCGUCACGUUCGACAACAAUAAAAUCGACUGCAUUGUCUUGGAGGAUUUGACCAAGAACUUCAAGCAGCCCUGCAUAUUGGACGUUAAAAUCGGUCGGCAGACGUGGGCGCCGACUGCCUCCUACGAAAAAAUGAUGCGCGAAGAUAAUAAAUAUCAUGAAACUAAGCGUGAUUUAGGAAUCUGUAUUCCUGGAUUUUUAGUGUACGACGUUGCCAGUGGGAAGGUAGAUCGUUAUGAUAAGGAUUACGGGAAGACGCUCAACAGAGAAAGUAUUAAAGAAGCUUUAAAACUUUUUCUCAAUGCCAACGUUGGUCUGAACAGAGAUCUGCUGCUGCAGUUUGUAGUCGAGUUAUGGAAAAUACUGAGAUGGGCGCGACUGGAAAAGAAGUUUCAGUUAUUCUCGUCCUCUCUUCUGUUUGUUUAUGACGCAAAGAGGCUAAAGAAGAAGGUGGUCGCACAACACGCUACGGAAAAACCGCUCAGAGAAACCCGCAAUCAGUCUCUGCCAUCGUACGAUACCAAUCUAAAACGGUUUAAUCUCUACAAGCCUUUAAGUUUACUCAAACUGAACGAUUCCGUCCCAACCGGCUUUAGCGGCCUGUUCACGAAGGAAGGACCGAUUUUGUGUUCCCUUCCCUCGAAGAUCAAGCACUUCUGUUCGACGAGCGUUAGAGAUAAAACUCGAAGAUCAUCGGAGCAGGUUAACCGGUUACGGCGCGUGCACUCGUUCCAAAACAAUUACGACAAAGAUUUACAAAAGAUUAGAAAAGAUUACAAGGAUAUGUUACGUACUUUGGUCGAUGAGGAAGAGUGCGAGACGUGGGCGGUCGUCAAGAUGAUUGAUUUCGCUCACGUUCAUACGAUAGCUCACAAUGAAGUCGACAGGAAUUAUUUGGAAGGAAUCGAAAGCUUAGUUAAAUUGUUUGAGGAGUUUUUAGGUGAAACUGGUAAUUCGUAAUAGCUGUAGAUUCUAGUCUAGCGUUUGUGUUUUGUUUGAUCUCAGUGCCAUUCUAUUCCAAUCACUUUGUAUACUUUUUCUAAAAUAAAUGACACCAAUUGUUUUUUA